AUGUCGGAUCCCUGUCCAGGUCUCACCGUCCGCUUGUGUGAGCGCACGGGCGAUGGUCCGCCCAGGAAAAUGAUGCACACAGCUAUCAGUGUCGACAAGAAGCCUACCAUUUACUCGGUGAAGGCGACUCCAGGAGACCACUUUGGCAUUAUUGUCAAGAUCAAAGAAGACUUUGAUUUCGGAGGAGCAGAAGGCUUGCGUAUCGGAAUCACCAUCAUCGACCGCGCGCGAAAUGCAUGGACCCAACAGUCGUAUUAUGUGGACGCGACGAGCAAGUGGCGUGGCUUUCAGGUGUUCCACGAAUUUGAUGAGUCCCAUCCGUACGCUGGAGUCAUCGAGGGUGGUCGAGAGUUCGCUAUGCCUCCCCCGUGGACUAAACACUCCACGAACCCCAAUGUUAUCAACGUUUCUGUUCAGCGCGGUUACCUCACUCCGAGCCUCGUCGCCUUUCCCCGCGGAAUGACGCAGGAGGAAUACCGUGGCGGCAAACUCAAACACCCAAUUACCCAAGAACAGUUUCGACCUUCAGAAGGCUCGAUAGAUCGAGGAAUCGUGGCCGAGUAUCAGUUCCGCAACAAGAGAAUUGCCCAUGUCGCGAGUCCGGAACACGAGGUCGAGGAGCCACAGUCGUCCACAGCCCGAGUGAUGCGUUCCACCCAGAGCAAUUUCCGCGACGCAGAGGGUGUAUCUGCUGAGCGCGCAGAACACGUCUCCAACAUGGCGACUUCGAUCAAGCGCGGUGACAGUGCUCGGAAUGCUGGCCUUCACGCCACGGCGCAGGACUUCCCGACGAUGAAGAAGUCUGAAGGCGUAGUCGAGGUCGGACAUCCACGGCGGUCCACUCGAUUCACUCGCAAGGAAACGCAGAAGAUCCUGGAAUUCCAGCACUCUUCGCUUGCUUCAAUGCAAGCCGCGAAGGAAAUGAGUCUCCAGUCCAAGGCCAAGAUUGAGGAGCCUCCACGCGAGAUUCCCUCUCACCAAUACUGUGAAACCUUUCGUAAGGUGAAGCGGGGCAGCAUGCCUCUCAAAGAUCAUCCUACUCGGGACAAGUCCGAGUCCGACUAUCCCGGGUUCCCGCCCGGACACAAGUUCGACACCAUGGACACCAUGAUUGCGUCCUUGCCUGAGGAAUUCCGUCGCGAUGCCAUGGCUGCAAUUGCCAAGGAUGCCAAGCCUUCAAUCAGUAACCCUACUCCGGAGACGUCUGACGGCCGCACGUCAUAUCCUGGGUUCCCGCCCGGACACAAGUUCGACACCAUGGACACGAUGAUCGCCUCCAUGCCCGUUGAAUUUCAUCGCGAUGCCAUGGCUGCAAUUGGCAUGAAGGUCGAGCCAUCCAUCAGUGACGAGGCGAAGGCUCUGGCCCUCAACAAGAUCAGAGCCACGGACAUCUACAACAAAAUGUGCAUCACCACCAAGGAGAGGACGGACAAGGAGAUCGCUCCGAUCAAGGUCCAGAACCUCAACGACGAGGAUGCUUCCAAGAUCGACGAGCACAAGACACCGACGGUGGGAAGCGAAGACAAUGCUUCAAACUCGAACACGGGAACGACUUCCAGCAACGACCUCGCCAUCAAUGGUCGUUCCGCCGAGCUCGAUGAUGGAGACUACGUCUUUGUGGAUGAGCCCGCUGCUGCUCAGGUUGCACGCGGUAACUGCGUCUGCUCUUGA